CCUGCUGUUAACUUUACAGUAGUGUUUGCUACGCGCCAGCCCUGGCUUACAUUACGAGGAAUUAACGAAAAUAAAUUGCACAAAUUGGCAAGAAAGGCGUUGCGAAUUGUCAAACUAAAGCCUUGUUAAAUUAGCAGAGAGCCGCGCUGCGCGACGCCCAAAAGCCAAAUAAAAAUACAAAACCAAACCAAACAAAAUAGCCACCAGCAACUAGAGCUAGCGCUGGGAAAACCUCUUGGUCGACAGCGUGGAACCCGAUUUCGGUUUCAGUCGAGAGUCAGCCUUCAGCAGUGCCACAGCGAGCUUUAGCUGCCCCCCAGUUGCAUUUAGGCGUUCAUAUCUCAUUUGGUUUUCACUACUCACGUUUCACGGUUUUCGUUGACACGCCCGCGCUAAUUAAUCCGCAGAUAUAUCCAGCAGUAAUCGGGCCAAAUGCCGUACAUAAUCAUACGGGGGAACCUAGCCUCCUACAGCCACAAAUAUCCAUGGAGGGUGCUCGUCUCCGGGUUGAAAGCUGACGACAUCGAGCAGUUGAACAAGUUCUCCUGCGGCGGCUACAGCGACGAGUCCACCAUCGUCUACCUAGUGCACCCUUGUCGGAUUCUAUCGGCGCUAGAAAUCCUGGGAUUUCGCGUAGUGGCCAGCUCAUCGACUGCCGUGAAGCAGGACUACAACGAGUACAUGUGGACGAUGCGCAAGGAGUUCGACGAACCAGAACCCUUGGAAGCCGAGUCCGUAGUGCGAGAGAAUCUAUCGAAUAUUGGCCGCGAGGCAGCCAGUUUAGGCAACUAUCACAAGGUGGAUUCGCCUGAAUAGAUCCAGUCCCAAACAUAUAACAGCAAUCAACCAAGAACUACUACUCUAGUUGUAUAAUUUAGUGUGUGUGAAUUGUGUGCGUGUUUCGGUGUGAAAAAAAAACUAUAGUUACCUAGGGAAUUCUGUU